GCUUUGUGUGGAGCAUUAUCACACAGCUCGUUCAACGUUUCGGUCGACACAUUCUCAAGUCAAACUGAGGCACUCUACUCGUAAAACCAGAACAAAUUCAAAUUGUAAAUUUUAUCCUAUCCCCUCUUAAUAAGUUUUGCGUUCUCUUUCGACUAAAAAACCGUUAAAAUACCACAAAUAAACCGAGGGCCGGAGCGAGAAAGCAUUUUCUAACCUGCUUGCAAAGCAGCCAAGCACAAAACAACCAAGCAGACGCAGAAGAAAACCAGUGGUUCUCAUCUUGCUCACAAAGCAAAUAAGCAAAACAGCAAAGCAAGUUCUUUAGCUGCACGCAAAGCAAAGCAAGGUUGAACAAAAAAAUUUAAGUAUUCCUUAUUAGCAGCAUUUAAGCAGACUCUUUAUCUGACAACUGAAACAAGGCCUUCUACCUAAAAAGCAAAUAAGCAUAAAGCAAGAAAGCACAAAGCAAGGGAAAGCAAUAAGUUCAUAAGGAAAGCUGUGUGCUAACAAAGCAAGUUUACCAUCUAUAUCUAUGGGCAACAGAGUUCCUAACUUAAUUAUAAUCUCAUUUUAGUUAUUGAACAAAUGAAAUAAGGCAUUUCAUUUAAAAAGCAAGAUAGAACCAGAAAAAGCAGUGGUUUUUGAGAAAAGUGUGCUAGCAAAGCAAAUUUAUCAGCUAUAUAUGAAAUACUAAGUUCUUGAAUAGAAUCUCAGUAAAAAGCAAGUUGUGAGUUUAAAAGGAAAACUCUUUCAAGCUAUAACUCUGGUAGAUACUCAAACUAGAUAUCAGGAUGUCGGACAACUCGGCUGUGAGCACCGUGCUCAACGUCCUGCUCUGCGGAGCCACCGGCUUUGGGUUCUACAAGAUCGGUCCCAGCGACCAUCCGUAUGCCUUCACCGCCUGCGUGAUCGGCUUCUGCCAUGGACUCUUCGGGUUGGUGAGCAGCCUGAGCGGCGAUGAGAACGCCAAGAAGGUCGCGGACACGACCACCUCGAUCAUGGAGAUCAUCCCGCUGCCGCUGGUCAAUGUGGAUCUGUAUCUGGGCGCCGAGAGCAACAACAUUGCCCUGGGCCAUGGCCUCUUCAUCGUGCCGCUGGGCGUCAGCGUGAUCCUGAAUCUCUUCAAGGGCGAGGGCGGCGGCGGCGAUGAGAGCGGAGAGGGAGGUCCCCUGAACACCCUGAAGACGCUCACCGUUCUGGGCAACAUCACUUCGCUGCUCUACCUGUCGAUCAACGAGAGCAGCUGGAAUCUGGCCGGCAUGGCCUUCCUGGCCUUCAUGGCCCAGUUCGGGGCCAAGUUCUUCGAGGAGCAGGUCAGCGAGGGAAGCGCCGAGCCGGUGACCUACUUGAGUUGGUCCGGCUUCUACGUCCUCACCGCCUUGGCCGUCACGGGCGAGAAGUAGAUCGGAUGGGAUGUGCAGAGAUCCCGAGAUCCUGAAGUCGCCAUCUUUUCUUUUUCGAAACUUUUUAGACCCUCCACCUCUAACCCAAUCCAUUCGACCUUGGACGAGCAGAGUGAUGAAUAAAUUAUUGGGCUAAUGUUGCGGCCAUUCGUUAAUUUUGAACUCUUUUGGCUUCCAUAUUUGAGAAAUAUAUAUACAUUUUGGAGUGGCA